CUAAAUUUUUGUAGACAUUGUGGAUUUACCUUUAUUAGAAUAUAGUCCACCAAAGUAAUGACUAUACACAUCAGGACUGAAGACUGUAUCUGUUUAUUAUUUUGUAUGUAAAUACAUACAAAAAGUAUAUUGACAUUGAUUCCAUUUGACAAUAAGAUAGUAAUGGGAAAAAGUCAGUUGAAUCAAAGUCAAUCUAAAACAAAGGAAUCGACUUUAUUAAACAAAUCAUCAGAUGCAAGUAGAAUGUUAGAAGCAGCUUUACUCCAAAUGGAUGGUAUUAUCUCUGGAACUUGUGCUGAAAAUAGUGAAGCUAAUAAUGAAUGGAAAGAUUCAGUUGUAGAUAGUGCAAAAAAUUUAGUAACUGCUAUUACAGAAGCACAAUGUCCUCUUCCAUCGUUAGACAAGGAAGUUGUAGAAGUUUUAUUGAAAUGGCUUCAACCGGAAUAUUUAAAAAAGUUAGAGAAUGAACGUAGCGUUCUAUGUAUGGAAAUAUCUGUUCUUUCAGAGCAAGUUGAUGCCCAAUCAAAUAAAAUACAUGAACUCGAACAGAUUUUACAAGAAAAUGUAUCAUCCUUCAAGCAAAUGGAAGAAGCUUUACAAAAAGAAGUAUUAGCUCGGAGUAAUUUAGAAACACAAAAACUGGAACUAUUAACUUCUCUAUCUGAAAUUAAACUCAAAGUUGCUACGUUAGAACAUGAAAACAUUGCUCUGCGUACAUCUAAUCAAUUUUCAAACGGCGAACAGUUUAGUAGAUUUACAGGUCAAUAUAACAGUCUACCGCGUUCGUCAACAACUUCGAAGGGAGUGAUGUUUGCAUUAGAACAGACUCAAUUAAAUAAGAAAGAAGUAAGUGAGGAACCAAAAUUAUCAAAACCAUUUGCAACAUUUUCUACAGAAGAUAUUGGAAAGUGGUUAAUAAAGUUGGGACUUGAAUGUUAUGUUGACGAAUUAAAGAAAUGGAAAGCAACUGGUCAAAAACUGUUAUCAUCAAUGCAACAUCAAAUUGAAAGAGAAUUGGACAUAAAGAAUCCUUUACAUUGUAAAAAACUUUUGUUUGCUAUUGAAUUUGAAAGAUGUCACGGAGAAGGCUUUCAUGGUUCUGACAAGAUGGAUAAUGCAGCAGUUUUACGAUGGCUCGAUGACAUUGGUUUACCACAGCAUAAAGAGGCUUUUCAAAUCGGGAAAGUAGAUGGAAGGGUUCUGGAUAGAUUGGUAACUGAAGAUUUAUUUAAUCUUGGUGUCAUAUCUCAAUUGCAUGCAUCGAGUUUACGUCGUGGAAUUCAGGUAUUGCGGGACUUGGAUUUUCAAUUUGAUAAUUUGGAACGACGAUCACUCAAUGGCAAUUUUGUAGACGGAACAAAUAUUGCGCUUUGGACAAACCAUCGAGUUAUGGAAUGGCUUCGCGUUGUAGACCUAGCCGAAUAUGCGCCUAAUUUAAGGGGAUCUGGCGUUCACGGUAGCCUUAUGGUUUAUGAGGGUAGAUUCACUGCAGAAUUACUCGCUACUCUUUUAAGUAUUUCUCCCGCCAAAUCGUUACUUCGUCGACACUUAGUAACUCAUUUUAAUGAACUUCUUGGCAAAGACAUUGUACAACACAAAAGAGAAGUAGAAAGUUCUCCUGGAUUUAUACCCCUUACAAUUACAGCUAGAUUGAAGGUGCCAAAAAAGUCACAAUUUACAUUAAAACGAAAGAAGAGUAAAAAUGAAAUUGACUUUUCAAAUUUGGUUUGUCCUCUAGAGUCUACAGAAUCAUGUACGUCAACAAAUCCAAGUGCUUCUAAUCAACACUCAGUAACCUUGUAAAAAAGAAAAUUUUUUAAACACAUGUAUAUUGUAUUUUUUCAAUUUUUAAAUAACUUUUCUAAAAUUGUAUCAUGAAAAAACAUUAUUAUAAGAAUUAUAAUAUUAUAGGCGCACGUUUUUGUGCAACAAUUUGUUAAGUAAUGAAAAUAAAUAUAGUUUUAAUUUCAUUACAUAUUUUAGUCAGCUUGUUUAUUGCAAAUGACAAAAACGUUAUUCAUACAUUUAUUUAAUAAAAAUAUAUGUAAUACCUAGA